GGACGCUGUGGGCGGUCCCCGGGCAGCUUGAGGGCGCGCAGCCCCGCUCGCCCCGUCUGGCCCCGCGCGCCGCCCGCAGCGCCUGCUCCCCUCGCCAUGGCGGCGCCGUCGCGGCUCCUGAUCCGCGGGGGGCGCGUGGUCAACGACGACUUCUCGCAGGUGGCGGACGUCCUGGUGGAGGACGGCGUGGUACGGGCGCUCGGGCGCGACCUGCUGCCGCCCGGGGGCGCGCCCUCGGGGCUGCGGGUCCUCGACGCGGCCGGCAAGCUGGUCCUGCCCGGCGGCAUCGACACGCACACGCACAUGCAGUUCCCCUUCAUGGGCUCGCGGUCCGUCGACGACUUCUACCAGGGCACCAAGGCUGCCCUGGCAGGAGGCACCACCAUGAUCAUCGACUUUGCCAUUCCUCACAAAGGCCACUCUCUCCUCAAGGCCUUCGAGACCUGGCGAGGCUGGGCGGAUCCCAAAGUCUGCUGUGACUACAGCCUUCAUGUGGCGGUGACGUGGUGGAGUGAACAGGUUAAAGAAGAAAUGAAAAUCCUUACCCAAGAUAAAGGUGUGAACUCUUUCAAGAUGUUUAUGGCCUACAAAGAUCUGUACAUGGUGAGAGAUAUGGAGCUGUACGCGGCCUUCUCUCGGUGCAAGGAAAUUGGCGCAAUUGCUCAAGUUCACGCAGAAAAUGGAGACCUAAUUGCAGAGGGAGCGAAGAAGAUGCUGGCACUGGGGAUCACAGGUCCCGAGGGCCACGAGCUGUGCCGCCCGGAAGCGGUGGAGGCGGAAGCCACGCUGAGAGCCAUCACCAUAGCCAGCGCCGUGAACUGCCCCCUCUACGUCGUGCACGUGAUGAGCAAGUCCGCGGCAAAGGUGAUCGCGGACGCCAGGAGAGACGGGAAGGUGGUCUAUGGAGAGCCCAUAGCAGCGAGCCUGGGCACUGACGGCACGCACUACUGGAGUAGAGAAUGGCACCACGCAGCCCACCACGUCAUGGGCCCACCCCUGCGACCCGACCCUUCCACGCCUGACUUCCUCAUGAAUCUCUUGGCUAAUGAUGACCUGACCACAGCCGGGACUGACCACUGCACUUUCAACACCUGUCAGAAAGCUCUCGGGAAGGAUGAUUUUACCAAGAUUCCCAAUGGAGUAAAUGGUGUCGAGGACCGGAUGUCAGUAAUAUGGGAAAAAGGCGUGCACUGUGGCAAAAUGGAUGAGAACCGAUUUGUAGCAGUUACCAGCACAAAUGCGGCUAAAAUCUUUAAUCUCUACCCAAGAAAAGGAAGAAUUGCUGUAGGGUCAGAUGCUGACAUUGUGAUCUGGGACCCAAAAGCCACAAGGACCAUUUCAGCAAAAACACAUCAUCAGGCUGUUAACUUCAACAUCUUCGAGGGCAUGGUUUGCCAUGGCGUGCCCCUUGUGACUAUUUCAAGAGGCAAAGUGGUGUAUGAAGAUGGAGUGUUCAGUGUCACAGCAGGACACGGGAGGUUUAUCCCUCGUCAACCCUUUGCGGAAUAUAUUUACAAACGGAUCAAGCAGCGGGACCAGGUAAAAUCAGAGAAAAGGAUGCUGCUGUUCCCAUCACAGCUAAAUGUUGUCAGCCGGUGGAGAAGCAGGCCUUAUUUCAACUCCCCAAGAUCCUUUUGAGAAAAUAAUCACUCGAGACCUCUUUGAUUUCCUUUCAGAAGCAAUUGCUGUCUUUCUCACUGUGACUUUGUUGCUGUGUAAGAUUGAAGAUAGAAAUGAAUAUUAUUGUGAUGGAAAGUCUGUGUGAAAAUUCAUUGAUGACACUUUAAAAUGUCAUCUUUGCUUGUACCAGAUUUCUUACUUUGAAUUUUUAAAAAUCACUUUCUUGUUGAAAGUUUUUUUUAAUGGCUACAUUUGUUUAAAAAUAGCUAACUGUGAUUUUGCAUUCUAUUGUGAUUCAUAAAUAUUUAGGUCUUCAUUGUAAUUAGUAAGCAUUUAGAUCUUCAUUUUAUAUCCUGUUAUCUGAGUUAUGUGUGCCUUCUUUUAACUAGUGGGAUUGGGACUCUGGGAGGUUGCUUUUGAUUCAAAAGCAUAAUUUCCUGAGAGACAUCUGCUUCCGCAACUCCUGAAAACCAGGUCCCUCAGCAAACCCCAUGUAACCAAACUGGAUCCUCAACCUUAGAAUAACUCCAAGGCAAAUUAUCCAACCACACUGAUGAACACAGGAUUUGACAGAAUUAAAUGGAAUCAGCGAGGCUGAAAGGUGCUACCGUGAUACCCUCCUCUCCUCCGCAUCCUGGUCUGUCCUGGGAUCCUUUUGUGUGCAAAGAAGCUGAGCUUAUAGUUUCUUCUCCUGGGUAACUAGGCCAAGAGGGAUUUUAAAAACAUGAAGUAAAAUCAGGGCAAUUAUGUUCUCACUGCAGGUACAUCUGCCCCUGAAUCACUCACUUAGAUCUGGGGUGUAUUCACGCUUUUGAUGGACAGUAGUAGGAACCCAGUUUAUGCAACUGUAAUUCAUUUUGAACCCAGUAAAAAGGAUGAUGAACUACAAUCACAAUUCUUUCUUCUCAGGUAAGAGAUACCUUAAAAUAUCUUACUACUUUUCUCCUCAACUUUGGUUGACAAUAAAAACUCAACAGUUAAGAUGACUGAAUGCUCUGAAAAGGAAGAAUUAAGUUGCUUUCUUAUCUAGAAGCCAAUGCCCACUCAUCCUUUAGAAUUCAGCUUAAAUAGAACCCCCCUGGAGGCUUCCCCAGAUCCAACAUGAUAGGGUUAAAUCCCACUUUUCUGUUCCUCCAUACCAGGACCACCGUACACCCCAUCCCAGCACCACACCCACUGCAUUGUGACUGCCUGCUUUACUAGUCGGCCUCCUCCAGGAAACUGAAAGCUCAGUGAGGGCAGAGCUGCUUGGUCCACUGUUACUUCUCCACCAGAGUGCCAAAUGAUGGUCAUCAAUGGAUAGUCGUUAAUUUUUAAAUAACAGACAUGAAGGAGUUCCUGCUAAGUUCCUAAAUUGAUGCCAGUGAAAUUAGUGAGAACUCUCAACAAAAUAAAGAUAUUUUGUGGAGCAUUUUAGUAUAGGCGUGCUUUAAAUGAAGACCACAGAUUCAUUGUCUAAUAUUUGCUGCAUCUCUUUUGGAAGAAUGAAAUAGCCCUAGGAUUAAGCAUCAGCAAAGUCAUUUGAAAUGCAUAUGGGGAUCCCUUUGUUGCUUUCAUUCGGCUUUGUUGUGAAAAUUUUUGUAGGAACAUAGUUACAAAUAAUAACAUAAGACAGUGAAAAACAUGAUUCAAGCUAUUAAUAUUUAAUACCAUGUUUUUCAGGAUUGCCUCUGGUAUACAAAAUAAGGUCCCUUUGUCACUAAACAAUUGCAUUCUCAAGGACUGUCCAAAGACUAGAUGGAAUGAGUAGCAUUUUUUAUAUUCACCUUCCAUUGUCUGUUUCCUCCCACGGGCAGCAUGAUGUAUUGGGAAGCAAAAAGUGUGGGCUCUAAACUUCUAUUUCCUAGCUAUGAGACAUUAAGCAGUUUUUGAAAUUAAAAUAUAUUAUGAAUUUAUCAAAACAAAAAACCCCCAAAAAUUAACAUAAUCAGACCUGUGUACCUACUAUCCUGUUUAAGAAAUAAAAUUUUACCAAAACA